UAUUUGAAAUGUUAUCAUGGGUGAGAUAAGAGACUGGUGGUCAGGUUUGACAGGAAGGAAGAAACUUGGAUACGGAGUCUAUGGUUUUAUGAUCGCCACAACUUUGGGAUUGUACUUAUUCAAUAACAGAAAGUACGUCUAUGAUCCCAGUGUGAAAAAGAAAAAAACUGUUGUUUCAAAGUGGGACCAGUAGUGAGAAUCUUGGAGAGAGCGACUGAAAAUACAAUUAUACUUAAUACUAAGACUGUGUGAGGAUUUUUCUCCACCCAAAAUUGAACGAGGAAUUUCCAAUUGUUCCAACUUUGGUUGUUGAUGUUGACAAAGCAUUCUUGAUUGACAUUUUUUGAAAGAAAAUUAAAAUUGUGACAUCAUAAUGUCUGUUGAAAUCCCACUUCGUGACACUGAUGAGGUCAUUGAACUUGACUUGGCUCAAUUGCCAGAGGGUGAAGAGGUUUUGGGAAUUUUAAAACAAGAAAACACAACUCUGAAUAUAUGGAUAACAUUGGCCCUUGAAUACUACAAACAAACCAAAGUAGAAGAAUUUGUAAAGAUUUUAGAAUCCGCUCGUACAAAUGCGAAUCUCGAAUAUCACAAUCAUGAAAAAGACCAGAUGACUUGCCUCGACACCCUGGCUGCAUAUUAUGUUCAACAAGCUCGUAAAGAAAAGAACAAAGAUAAAAGAACUGACCUUUUUAUGCAAGCCACACAGCUGUAUACCAUGGCUGACAAGAUUAUUAUGUACGAUCAGAACCAUUUGCUGGGUCGUGCUUGCUUUUGCUUGCUUGAAGGUGACAAAAUGGACCAAGCUGACGCUCAGUUUAAUUUUGUAAUGAACCAAUCGCCAGAUAAUAUUCCUUCUCUUCUUGGCAAAGCUUGUAUUUCUUUUAAUAAAAAGGAUUACAAAGGUGCCUUGGCAUAUUACAAAAAGGCCUUGAGGACAAAUCCAAACUGCCCAGCUGAUGUGAGACUAGGAAUGGGACAUUGCUUUUACAAACUCAAUAAACUUGACAAAGCAAGACAAGCUUUUCAACGAGCAGUAGAUUUAGACCCGGUAUGUGUCGGAGGUCUUGUUGGGCUUGCUAUACUUGAUCUUAAUAACAAGGACGUGGAUUCGAUCCGUGCCGGGAUUCAGAGACUUUCUCGUGCCUAUCAAAUCGACGCUAGUAGCCCAAUGGUGCUUAACCACCUUGCAAACCAUUUUUUCUUCAAAAAAGAUUACGAAAAAGUUCAGCAUCUUGCGUUGCAUGCAUUUCAUAAUACUGAAAAUGAGGCUGUUCAAGCAGAAAGCUGUUAUCAGUUGGCAAGAAGUUUUCACGUACAAGAAGAUUAUGACCAAGCUUUUCAGUAUUAUUACCAAGCAACACAGUUUGCAACUCCGAAUUUUGUCAUGCCUUAUUAUGGUUUAGGACAAAUGUAUAUUUUCAAAGGAGAAGAACAAGAUAAGGAAAGAGCUGCUGAAUGUUUCGAAAAGGUGCUGAAAGCUUACCCAAACAACUACGAGACAAUGAAAAUAUUAGGAUCAUUGUACGCUCAAUCUGACAGCCCAGAAAAGCAGGGAUUAGCUUGUAAGCAUUUAAAGAAAAUCACAGACCAAUAUCCUGAUGAUGUUGAGGCUUGGAUCGAGCUUGCUCAGAUAUUAGAACAGUCUGACAUACAGGGAGCUCUAGCUGCUUAUGGAACUGCAACUUCUAUACUCAAGGACACCGUACAAGCUGAUAUCCCACCUGAGAUUUUGAACAAUGUCGCCGCUCUUCAUUUUCGUCUCGGGAAUUUAAAAGAAGCGAAAAAGUACUAUGAAGCUGCGAUGGAGCGUGCAAUGGCGGAAGCAGAUCAUGAUGAGGUUUAUUACCAUUCCAUAACAGUUACAAUGCAGUACAAUCUAGGGCGUUUGUGCGAGGAAAUGUACCAUUUCGAAACUGCUGUCGAACAUUAUAAAAAUAUUUUACGACAUCAUCCGAAUUACACUGAUUGCUAUCUGAGGCUUGGUUGUCUUGCUCGAGACCGAGGGCAGAUUUAUGAGGCGUCCGAGUGGUUCAAAGAAGCUUUACAAAUAAACCAGGACCAUCCAGAUGCUUGGUCACUGAUUGGGAAUUUACAUCUUGCUAAACAAGAGUGGGGACCUGGACAGAAAAAGUUCGAAAGAAUUUUGAAAAAUGAGAAAACACAAAACGAUGCUUAUUCUAUGCUUGCUCUCGGUAAUGUCUGGCUUCAAACCCUUCAUAACCCAACCAGAGACAAAGAGAAAGAAAAACGCCACCAGGACCGCGCUCUCGCCAUGUUUAAACAAGUUUUAAGAAAUGAUCCGAAAAAUAUCUUCGCUGCGAACGGAAUUGGAUCUGUCCUUGCACAUAAAGGUUAUAUUCGUGAGGCUCGGGAUAUUUUUUCACAAGUUCGUGAAGCAACUGCUGAAGUCGCGGAUGUCUGGCUUAAUUUGGCUCAUAUUUAUGUUGAGCAAAGGCAAUAUAUAAGUGCCGUACAGAUGUAUGAAAAUUGUCUCAAGAAGUUCUACAAACACCACGACCCUGAGGUACUAACUUAUCUUGCUAGAGCUUAUUUCAAAUGCAACAAGUUGACUGAUUGUAAAAAGGUACUGAUGAAAGCGAGGCACGUAGCUCCAAACGACAUGGUUGUGCUUUAUAAUGUUUCGGUCGUGAUGCAACAGUUGGCAAUGAACGUUUUGAGAGAUGAAAAAAGUAAUUUGAAGACUGUGCUACGUGCUGUGACUGAACUAGAAUUGGCACAAAAUUAUUUUACGUUUUUGAGCAAACAUGGUGAUAGAAUGAAGCUCGAUCUCAAACAAUCUGAGAAAGAAGCAAGUAAGUGUCGAGAUUUGCUGUCUCAAGCUCAGUAUCACGUUUCUCGUGCGAGAAGGCAAGCUGAGGAGGAGAAAGCAUUGCGUGAAGAACAGGAGAGAGAGCGCGCUUCGCUGAGAGAGAAACAACUUGAAGAGGAACGGUCGCGCAUCAAAGCACAGGAAGAAAAAAUGAGAGCGUUAAUGGAAAGAGCGCAAAUUAAAGAAAAAAGCAAAUCAGUUGCACAGACCUUGGAAUUGGAUUCGGAACCCAAACGUAAAAAGAAAUCAAAAAGCGGAAACAAAGCGACUGACCACUUCAUUAACGACGGAAGUAGUGAUGAUGCUGGAAUCAUGCACGUUGAAGGUACGGCCGAGCCACUCACCAAAAAACGUAAAAAGAAACUAAAAACAAAAGGGGAGCGGGGAUCCAAACCAGCAGGGAGUGGGGACAGUGAUUCAGACAAUGACAGAGGAAAGAAGACUUCUAAAAAGCAAGCCAAAUCAAAGCCAGCUCCUGUGGAUAAAUUAUCCAUGAAACAAAAGAUGAAGGUCAAGUCAAGGGCAUAUAUUUCAGACACAUCUUCAAGCAGUGGCGAAGAGGGCCCACCGGCAAACGAUGCACCAGGUGCAAGUGGUGGCAAAAAGCUGUUACAAUCAUCUAGUGAAGAAGAGGGAUCACCUGCAGCCUACCCUAUUGCAGCGAGUGGGUCAGACAGCGAAGCAGCGGCACAUAACCAGUCUGAUGACUCAUCGGAAAACAGAGCUUCCGAGGACAAUCAACACGAGUCUGAGCAAGAAGCAGCGUCUGGCGCUGACUCCAGUGAUUAAUAGGAAUGUUGAUAUUUGAAUAAUUCGGAAUUAGAUUUAUUUUGUUGCAAAUUUUGAUGUAUGUUUUUCUUCGUGAAUUUGAACCAGUUUAUUUCUUUUCAAAAGCUAAAAUUUGAAAUUAAUAGUUUUGAUCAGUUAUCUCAAUUCUCAAAAACCAAAAACAAAGUCCUUCGAUACCAAGAAUUUUAUAUGUCAAAAUUGGGUUAAAAUAUUUGACUCAAAAUUGUUAUUUAUCUUCGAAAUUGACAAAUUUUGUAUCAAUGUUUUUAAUGAAUUAUUCAAAUUUUUGAAAUACCAUUUCAAAAUAGAAAUUAACAUUUGAAUAAGUACUUCGCACAUCGCUCGAGCUUAAUGCGUUACUGUUUGGUUUAGUAUUUUUUAAAAAACCUUUUUGUGUGGGCCAUUGGUUUGUUAUGGAUCCAACUUCAUAUACUUGUCCAGCUCUAUUCCCAUCCAUCUCAACAUAAACAUAUCAUUGAUUUUAGUUAUGAACUCAUUCAAUUGUCAUUCGGAUAGUUUUUGUGAAAAAUUCUGCUUUUGUUCCUAUAUAUUCAAACGGUGGUACUCCUGAAGUAUGCGCACCAAGAUGUCGCACAACCUGACCCCCAACCUGGUACACAACCUGGGUUCAGGUUGUGCGCCAUCUUGGUGCGCAUACUUCAAGAGGUCCCAAACGGUUUUGGUAUUCUGAAAUUCUGCAACAGUAAUGGCGUAAACUGAAUAGAAUUUGAUAUAAAUCUGAUUUGUCACUAUGGAAAAUAACUUAAGAAAACAAUUAUUUGCAUAUUUCAUUUGAAAUUUUUUUAACCGACAUCCCUGUUUACUACCAAGAAGAUAUUAAUUAAGUGAUCAUAUUCGAACUUACGCCCAGCCUUUUUUAAGACACCACCUUGUCCAGGGCUUUGUUCUCAGGAAGAUGUAAACUUGGGCCCAAUAUUGUACUUUUGAACGGCUCAUGUGCUGGGGCCUUGCACACAACAGAAAUCUUGUAGUAGUCCUAAAUGGAUACUCCCGUAGUGUGUACCAGGUUAGGGUUAGGCCAUAAUGUUAUUCCGAUUUUCCUUGUUUGAGUUUUAUUCCGGACUGUCUGUUAGCCACGGUAAUAUACCCCCUGCCCAUAGGUUUCAGUCCCUUUACAUAACUUGAUGUAAAGUAGGCUAACAAAAUUAGUCAUCUCCAUAUUGGUACACACAUUUCUGGAGCCCCCUUAAUGAAAUAAUGCUUUAUGCUGUUCUAUGCUUAUGGUAGAGGAAGUGAAUAACUCUGCCGUUUCCCAAUACCUUUGAAUGGGUGUGAUGGUCAAGUUGAAACCCCAUUCCUACCGUACACUGAGGUUAUAAUAAGGCCUUGCCAGAAUAGCAAGAUCCCAGUCCUUAUUUAAAUAUAGCUCCCUUGUAUCAUAAUCGGUAGCUUCUUUUGCAUAGUCUUGUUCGAAGUAAACUCAUGAAAAUAACCCCUUUCUCUGCCCUGAUAUACUGUAAAUGCUUUCAGCCCUGUCUUGAUUGUUACCAAACAUUUUUUGUAAAUUACAAUGUAUUGCUUGUUAAAAUAAAAUGAAUUUCAUAAAAAA